UUCUACUAAAUAAAUGGGUAGAGUUAUUGAGUAGAUUUAAGACAAAUCUUUCUGGAUUCGCUGGUAUUAAUUGUGCACCUCCAUUCUGCCCUAUAAAAGGAGCCUCCAUCGCACCGGACCGGAGGCACCCUUCAGUCUGGUCUUUGGUGUCUUCAAUGGACAACCUCAAUACCCAUUCUGAACAGGCCAAUCAACCUCAGAGACAACAAGCAAAUGGCCUUCCUUUGGAUAUACCAACAAGUCAGGUCUUAGAUAGUCAUAUGAUUGAACAACAGAGCACAAAUCAGACGCCGCAAUGGUUCUCCCUUGAGCAGCACAGGCUGCAGUUGGCUCAGGUUCUCCAACUCUGCAACGAGCAGGUUCAGGUGUUGCGGCAGCAGGAAAUGUCUUUACAGAAUGCAGUUGUAUCAAACAAUCUGACAACCGAUGUGCUGCUCCAGAAUGUUGAAGAGGUAGCCAGCAUGCGCUUAGAGUUGCAAAGGAUCCGAGAGAAUGAAGAAACUUCACGGCGUGCUUGGGAUCAUUUGCUGCAGCAUGUUGUUACUGUACAUGAAACGAACAAGCCACUUAUCAGAAUGAUUGCUACGUUGCAGCAGGAAAUAAACUCACAUGUUUCAGGCCCUGGAGAUGAAGCAUCAAGUGUGGCAAGCAGAGACAACCAGGACUGAUCGUACUUGUAUGGUUUGCAACUCUGGUGGUGCUUGUAUGAUGUUGCUGCAGCACCUCUGCGCCUGCAAGC